AUGGCUUCCGCAUCCGACCCCGAGAAGCAAGAUGCAGCGCCGGCGGGUGUGCCUGGGCUGGCAGAGAAUGCUCAACGCGAUCAAAUCGCCCUGGGAAAGGAUGAUGUGGCCAUCAUUCCCCAAGGAGCACUUGAUCCUGUGUACGAGGCCAAGGCUCGGGUGCUCAACAGAGCGAUCCAGGAUAUUGGCAUGGGCUGGUAUCAAUGGCAGCUUUUCGUCGUCGUUGGUUUCGGCUGGGCCAGUGACAACCUCUGGCCCAUUGUCACCUCACUGAUCUUUACACCCAUCACCAAUGAGUUUGGCCCUCCGAAGCCGCCGCUUCUGUCAUUGGCACAGAACAUUGGACUGUUGGCGGGAGCUGUCUUUUGGGGAUUUGGUUGUGAUGUCUUUGGAAGGAAGUGGGCAUUCAACCUUACACUGGGCCUAACAGCGGUCUGGGGAAUGGUGGCCGCCAGCGCUUCUAGCUUCGCCGCCAUCGGCACGUUUGCUGCCCUCUGGUCUUUCGGCGUAGGGGGAAACCUGCCGGUGGACUCCGCAAUCUUCCUCGAGUUUCUGCCCGCAUCCCACCAAUACCUUUUGACAAUACUUUCCAUCGACUGGGCUCUGGCCCAAGUGGUCGCUACUCUGGUAGCAUGGCCACUCCUCGGCAACCUGACGUGUCAGCAAGGCCAGACGUGCACCAGGGAAGCCAACAUGGGAUGGCGUUACUUCAUCAUAGCAAUGGGCGGGAUGACGCUGAUCAUGUUUGUAAUCCGCUUUGCCUGCUUCACUAUCCAUGAGUCUCCCAAGUACCUUAUGGGCAAGGGCCGCGAUGAAGACGCGAUUCGCGUUGUACAAGAAGUCGCUCGGCGCAACGGCAAGACAACACGACUCACCAUCGAAGACCUACGAGCUUGUGAGCCCGAGGGCUACGUAGCCCAAACAGGAGCCACAGCGGCCAUGAAACGCCACCUCCUGGAGAACAUCGACGGCAGCCACGUCAAAACCCUCUUCUCCUCGCGCCGCCUGGGCAUCAGCACCGGCAUGAUCAUGGCCAUAUGGGCACUCAUCGGUCUCGCAUACCCGCUCUACAAUGCCUUUCUCCCUUUUCUACUGAGCCAGCGUGGCGCGGUCUACGGUGACAGCAGCACCUUCAUCACAUAUCGAAACAGUCUCAUCAUAGCCGUCCUGGGAGUCCCCGGCGCUCUGCUGGGUGGUUUAUUGAUUGAGAUGCCGCGCAUCGGGCGCAAGGGUACUUUGGCCGGCAGCACGGCGCUCACGGGUGUUUUUCUGUACGGCACGACGACGGCUGAUUCCAGCAACGGACUGCUGGGCUGGAACUGCGGCUUCAACUUUGCCAGCAAUGUCAUGUUUGCCGUCUUGUACGGCUACACCCCGGAGCUGUUUCCGACGCCUCAGAGAGGGACGGGCAAUGCACUCGCUGCUACAUGUAAUCGAAUUUUUGGAAUCAUGGCGCCUGUCGUCGCCAUUUUCGCCAAUUUACAGACAGCAGCUCCGGUCUACACCAGUGGGGCCCUCUUUAUAUGUGCGGGCUGCUUGGUGUUGCUACUUCCGUUUGAGUCCAGAGGGAAAGCCGCACUUUGAACCACGCAAAGAGCUGGACGUGAGAUUCUGUAUAUAUUUGUCUGGUUUACACUACAUUGUACUAUGGAUAGUAAUCAACCAGCGUGGCAAGUAUCCGUCCCACACAA